AUGGUGUAUUAUGCUAAUCAAAGUGAUUAUUUAAGUCUAGUGGAACAGUGUAUGAACUUUGCAUGUGAAUUAAUGGAUUUAUGUCGAGGUACGACGGAAGUAGAGGCUGUUCUUAGUGAAGGGAGUGGCGAAGCUGCUAAAAAGGAUCCUUUAUUUAGAUUGAAAAUGGCCGUGAGUUAUGAAGAAAGAAAGUUUGUUGCCCAUCCAAAUUGCCAGCAGCAUAUGACAAUAAAACUGUCUUCCCAAAACCCACAGCAACAGCCGUGUAGACGAAGACAAGCAGCUAAAUCCCAAGGAAGAAGAAAUUCUGUGGCAAACUUACCCAUUGCAACGACUUUAGCAAUACCCCAAUUAGACGCUAUUAUGCGUCAACAGAAACUUUUAGACUUGCGUUUACAACAACUACAAGCGGAUAGUAAGGAUAAUAACCGUAUGAUGGACGACGUGGAAUUUAUACGGAGAUUAAUGUCCGAAAAUCAGAAAGCGUUGUGUAAUGUCGUCCAAGCUUUGUCAAACAUACAGGGUGAAAUAGUGAACCUAGCCCAGUGUCUGAAACCAACUCCUAAACCAAGUCAACCGACUGAACCUACACCAAACGCUGUAUCGAACGCACACCCGAAAACGAGUGGCGGUCUUGCAAACCGUACUGCUUCAGUGAGAAAAAGAUCGGCGCCUGAAGAAGGCGAAAGUAAAGUGUAA